AUGGUUUACGCCAAGCCCAAUACUUCAACAGGCGCCAUGAAACGGUCUGCCUCUGCUCUCCAUGAGGGACCCCCAGGUUGGGAGGUUGCUCCGCCUAUGAUGGCCCAGUCUCGUUCAUCUUUCCGUUUACCUUAUGCCCACUACGCUAUGAUCUACCUUGACGGCGAGGGAAAGAUCAAGGUUGAGGAAUCGCAAUCUAUUCAAGAACAGAACUCUACUCUCUUCACACCUGAAGUUCGCCAAAAUUUCCUCGAGAUUCUUGGAGAGAGAGUUGGGUACCAGUCAAGUGCUCGUCGCACUUUGGACGCAUCACCUCGUCGUGUUCGACGUCGCAGAGGAAAUGCCCCCGGUACUUCUGUCACCGACAACCGUUAUGAUGAUGGCUCUGAUAGUGAUGACCACUCUCCCAAUGCUUCGGCUGAUAUGGUUCCCCUCCGCAUUGGAGACUCACAAAAGGUUAUGAAUUACUACGAAGGUGCUUUGAAGCAUUUCCAACAGUUGAACUGCCGCAUGGUUGCCAAGGCAUUCAUUAAGUUCAUCGAGCCUCGCAAACAAGUAAGACACCCUUACAAUGGAGGUAAAGCACCACCUGGAUCUGCCCCCGGAUCUGGUGGUGAUCCUGAAAAGACCAAGCCAGAAUGGUGGCCCCCUGGUGUCAUGCACAAGGAGCCUGACCACCUGCGAAAAGAGUACCGCAUUGAGCUCUUGCUUCACAUCAUCCGUAAGCUUGGCGUUUACGGUAUUACUGCAGACAAGCUUAAGGAAGUCGCUGGCGACACUAAGCGAAGCCUGAAGCACUCAUCUCACGUAGAGAUUAUCUAUGAGAUCCUCCGCGUAAGAAAGAUGGAAGAGCGCCUCGAACGCGGUGAAGUCGAUGGCAACAUGGUUGUCUUUGUUCAAAACCGAGGACCUAGCCCCAAGGGAGAUGGUGAUGAUGACGAGGAGUCUAACGAAGUCGCACAUGUCGAAGCACCCGAGCCCAUUGACGAAGGCCUCAUGACCCCAACAUCAUGUGUUGAGCACGUCGCUGCCCCACUGACCACACCGAUUGAUUCUCUCCCCAUGGUCGGCGGUCGCUCUUUACCCGGCAGCUUCGCAGUUCCUGAGGCUCUUAGCUUCGACGGCAGACCAGAUCGACCCUACUACGCUACCCCACCUCACUACACCGACUCCUUCUCCCAGCCUAUGCUCAGUACUCCGGUGACCUCAGAGAUGAUCAGCCCCCACGAUGUUUCGGUCUUCGACUACUCUUCCCAGAACUCUUCUUUCUCCUCCAGUCCAGACCAGCAGCGUCACCCAAUGCCGAGCCCCUAUGACUCCUGGGCUGCACCAACAUUCCGCCAGGACAUGUUCAACCAAGUAGUAUACACUGCUGCCCCUAACAGCCAGACAGUGCACCCAGCCUACCAUAUGCCCAUGACAGGCCCACCUCAAAUGCAUGAUAUGUCUCAUCAUGUCCACUCCCCCAUGGACCCAAUGGCACAACGGGCUCUGCCCUUUCGCACUGGCUCUCUGGGCCACCCCAAUGGGUUGACGCUCUCUCACCCUGCCUAA